AUGAAAUUCAGCAGCAAAUACGCACACACGGAGAAAAAACUGUUCCUCACCACGUCGCCCCGCUCCUGCCACCCGACUCCAUUCCCUUUGCGAGGUGACAGAGAGCGCGAGAAAGAGGAAGAGCGCUGCGGCACCAGCGGUGAUGGCGGUGGUGAAACCUCACGAUUCCAGCGUCCGGCGACCAGGCCACGCUCGCAGGCGCCGAUCGUAGAUUCUCACCCGACGAACGCACGGACGAACGUAGGGAUGAAUGAUUGGCCGGGCCGGCGAAAAGCCAGGCAAUUGCGCACGCGGGCCCGGCGCAGCCAACGCGUCGUCCUCGUCGCUGGCGCUGUCGAUGUCGUCGUGAAGGUCGUCCUGCUGCUGCUGCUGCUUCUUCCUCUACGACCGAGCGAGCGAUGGGCCCCGACCCCUCCCAGAGACUGGAGACGCCAGCCAGCAACCCCCGCCCCCGGUCAGCCCCCGGUCCGUGCCGCCCCCGGGUUCCUGUCGUGUCGUUGCGCGUCGACCCUCGGUCCGCCUCGCGGGACCAGCAGAUCCGCCAGUCCACGUCGGAGCCUGCGGAGCGGAGCGGAGAAGCCUGGAGAUGGCGCGCGAGAGAGAGAUAGAGAGAGAAAUAGAGGGCCGGCUAAAUUUGCCGAGGGGAAGAUUCAGGAGAAGGUGGAGGAGGGCAACUCGGUAACUCUCUCUCUAAAGAACUUAUCCCCCACGCGCUGCGCACCCCCGAGCUCGAAAUCCCACCGGCCGCUCAGUAAAAGGGCCUCCCGCGCCCACCCCCGUCCCGCCCCGCGCUCCUCCCGCGCUGCUGCUCCCGUCUCCGCCGUUCCCGUCCUCGUCCUCGUGCCCGCCCUCUCUCGCUGCUCUCUCUCGCGCCUCCGUCCUUCUGCUCCUCCGCUCCGCUCAGCUCUGCCCUGCGCUGCCCUGCCCCGAGCUGCCCCGCCCGCCUCUGUGCCCGACGCCUUCUGCUACUGCCCAGCGCCUCGCCUCGGCCUAUUUGUAUCUCUGGCUCCGGACGCCCAUCUCCCUGUUGCCGGCCGGUCGCUCCUGCCGCGUUCGCUCCGGACCGGUGGGUGCGAUAAGGCUGCAAAAGUUGGUAUAAAUAAUUCCCAGCAUGCGUUUCUGCAUAUAGUGCGAGUCCGAGCCGCAAACCAGGGUCCUCUCGGUCUGGCCGGUGCGGACUUUUUGCCGUGA